AUGAAACAGUUCUCGAACGUGUAUGUGAAGGAGCGGUAGUUGGAGCGGUAGUAAUAGAAGGGGAAGUUGAAGAUUGAGGAAGAAUAGAAGAGUCCUGGUCAGUAUUGCUAAUAGAAUGGGUCGAUUGGCGUGACUUGUCAUUGUCGUUAGUCGUCGUCAGAGGUUGUGAGGAUUUUGUACUGCUGGAAAGCGUACGCUUGUGGCUACCAGAUGAUUUCCUUGAUCUCCCAAGCGCACCAAAGAAUUUCUUUGAGCGUUUACUCUCUGGAGCAUUCUGUGGAGUGUCUUGAGUUGGAAAGUCCACAUUUUGCGGCGAGUUAUUUUCUGACAUCUCGCUUAAUUAAGAGAGAGUUGAAAUUAAGACGCGCCAGGAUAAAACUUAGAAGGGUAAUGAUAGGGGUAGGCUGAUGACAGCUAAUAGGCUACAUAACAUAACGACGACGACGACAACGACAGAGCGUCCAAUCAAAAGCAAACUCACCUCAUCUUUCUGAUGGUUGCGUUUUCUACGGUUGUCGGACAAUGGAGAUUCAUGUCCAGCUGAUACUGCAGAUUGCGACAUAUUUGUAUAUGGAGAUACCGGUCUAGCAGGUAAGCUCUCAGCGUAGCUUACUUCUCUGUGAUGACCGUAAGGCGAGAGCGUGGAUGGGACUGAACGCUGUGGUAUGCGUGACAUUCCUAGAUAUAAAUUAUUAUUUUAUUUGGAUGGGUAUUUCGUAAUAUAAAAGAUUAUGCACUCCCUGUAAGAAAUCGUCUUGAAGGAGAAGGAUUGAGCACCUCAAUUCGAUUCUUCUGAGAUUACGUCCAAGAUGCUGGGAUUAAAAUCUACUAUGAAUAUUAUAGACAACUCAGGCGCUCUCGUUGCAGAAGUCAUCAACGUCCUCAAAGUCAAAUCUGGCUCUGGUAUCGGUACAGUUGGCGAUGAAUGCGUCGUCGUCAUCAAAUCAGCUAAGCCAAUCCCAGCCAAUCUCAACAUCUCUGCAAAUUCACCAGCAGCAGCAAACAAGAUAAGGAAGGGUGAUAUCAGAAGAGCCGUCAUUGUGCGCACAAAGCAGCAAAUUAGAAGACCGGACGGUCGCUUCGUUAGGUUCGACGAUAACGCCGGCGUACUCAUAAACCCAAAGAAGGAACUUCUCGGAUCUAGAAUAUCAGGCGUUAUUGCUCACGAGGUUAGACAGAAAGGAUGGGGUAAGAUAGCCUCAGUUGCACCAAAAUUACUCUAAUGUUCAGGCAUUUUCUAAUGUAUUUGUAGUCUAUUAUAGAAAGUUUU